ACAUUUUCCAUACAUUCAAAAAUAAGCAAUUGUGUUCUUAAUUUGAAAAUCCAGUGUUAUACCAACCACCUACUUGCAGAGAUUCAUUGUGAUUUCGUGUAACUUUUGGAAAACAAUAAUAUUUUCGUGACAAGGAUAUCGAUCGUUCCAAUCACACUGACAAGUCGAGAUGAUUAGUAAGUAGGAAGGCUAGAUAGUGUGAGAAUACGUCGGACAGGUGUUGUGGUGAUACGGUGCGAUAUGGGCCGGGGUGGCGGCGCGGGCGCGUCACGUUCAGUUUCAGUCAGCUGCGCCCGCGCGACCGUCGCGCCGCACGAGCCAUGAGUAGCGGGAAGAGGAAGCUCUCCUUUCUCGGAUACGCACCGCCGAGCUUCGGCGGCUCCGAAGAUGAGGUCCGCUUGGACGAGGAGAUGGAGCAUGCAGUGUGGGGCGUGCAGGGAGACGCCGCCGCGCCCCCGCUGCCCGUGAAUACCGCCCCCCAGCGAGACCCGUCCGCCCCUGUGCCGGCAAGGCCUUCGGAGGACAGUCGUCACGUGCAGUUUGGGGCCAGCCACCCUGCAUCUUACCGGAGGCCUUCGCUCACGCGCGAGAAGCUCCGUAAGUUCUCGCUACAAGAGACCCGGUCGCCGCGCGUGCCCCCGCCCGCGCCCCCGCUCGGGGCGGCCGUCAGCAACCGAUCUGUCAACAACAACAAUAAUAACAACCCACAUUCGGUGUUCGUCCAGCUCGACGAGCUCCUAGGCGAAGAAGACGAGGCGGCGUGGACGCAGACUGCCCGAUGGAUCAAGUACGAGCAAGACGUGGAGGCGGCGGGGCGCUGGGGCCGGCCUCAUGUAGCGCCGCUCAGCUUCCACUCGCUGCUGAACCUGAGGCGCUGUCUGGAGCAGGGGGUUGUGCUGCUCGACUUGGAGGAGAAGGAUCUGCCAGGUAUCGCCACUCGAGUGACAGAGAAGAUGGUGUCAGAAGGCCUCAUAGAGGCGGAUGACCAGCAGCUGGUGAUCAGCUGUCUGCUGAAGAGGCACAAGCACGUACAUGAUGGCGGCUUCCGGUUCUCCAUUUCCGGCCGGAAACUCUCUUCGUACACUAGUCUACAGAGCCUGGUGGACCGGCGGCGCCGCAGCUCCGCGGCGACCACGGCGGCGGCGGCGGCGGCCGUGCAGGGCUCGCGCGACUCGCUGCGGCCCGCGCACAACGAGGGGCUCAUGCGGCGCAUCCCCGCCGGCGCCGAGGCCACCACCGUGCUGGUGGGCGCCGUGGGCUUCCUGCAGCAGCCCACCAUCGCCUUCGUGCGGCUCGCGGCCGGCCUGCACCUGCCCGGCAUCACCGAGGUGCCCGUGCCCGUGCGCUUCAUGUUCGUGCUGCUGGGGCCCACCGCCGCCGACCUCGAUUACCACGAGGUGGGCCGCUCCAUCUCCACGCUCAUGUCCAACCCCACGUUCCACGGCAUCGCGUACCGCGCCGAGGACCGCAGCGAGCUGCUGUCGGCCGUCAACGAGUUCCUGGACGACUCGCUGGUGCUGCCUCCCGGCGACUGGGAGCGCCAGGAGCUGCUGCCUGUGGAGGAGCUGCGCGCCAAGAGCGAGCGCAUCCGCCAGCGCCGCCGCGCCGCCGCCGCCGCCGCGCCGCCCCCGCCGCCCGCCGCGCCGCCCGCCGACGCGGAGAAGGCCGCGCUGCUGGAGGCGGAGGGCGCCAAGCCGCCGCCGGACGAGCCGCAGGACCCGCUGCAGGGCACGGGCCGGCCCUUCGGCGCCAUGCUGCGGGACAUGCGGCGCCGCUACCCGCACUACCUGAGCGACCUCCGCGAGGGGCUCACGGGGCAGUGCCUGGCCGCCGCCAUCUUCAUGUACUUCGCGGCGCUGUCGUCGGCCGUGACGUUCGGCGGGCUGCUGGCGCAGAAGACGGGCGGGCAGAUCGGCGUGCCGGAGACGCUGCUGUUCACGGCGGUGGGCGGCGUGGUGUUCGCGCUGGCGGCGGGGCAGCCGCUCAUGAUCACGGGCGCCACGGGGCCGCUGCUGCUGCUGGACGAGGCGCUGGCCGCCUUCUGCGCCUCGCAGGGCUUCGACCUGCUCACGGCGCGCUGCUACUGCGGCCUGUGGAUGCUGCUCAUCGGACUCACCGUGGCGGCCGUCGAGGGCAGCCGCGCUGUCAAGUUGAUAUCCAGGUUCACGGAGGACAUAUUCGCGCUGCUGAUCAGCGUGAUCUUCAUCUCGGAGCCGAUCACCAACAUCAUCAACGUGUACCGCGCUCACCCGCUCGGCCCCUCCUACUGCCACCUCUGCAACCAGACGGAAAACGGCACUGACUACGGCACCAAUACUACUACUAUAGCUCCGGAGAUCCCAGUGGGCCCGCAGCCGAACACGGCGCUGUGGAGCACGAUCCUGACGCUCGCCACCUUCACCAUCGCCUACUACCUGCGGAUAUUCCGCAACGGGAAGUUCCUGGGACGCAGUGCGCGCCGAGCAUUAGGCGACUUUGGAGUGCCGAUAGCCAUCGUGAUCUGCGUGGCUGCCUCAGUCCAGGUGCCAGUCUACACGGCCCUGCUCCGGGUACCCUCGGGCCUGAGCCCCACGGCUCCAAGACCCUGGCUGGUGCCCAUGAGUGAGGAGUUCAACAGCGUCCCGCUCUGGGCGGCGGCCGCCAUGCUACUGCCCGCCAUGAUGAUUUAUAUCGUCGUGUUCUUGGAGACACAUAUUGCUGAACUAAUCGUAUCAAAACCCGAGCGGCGUCUCCAGAAGAGCGGCGGCCUCCACCUGGACAUCGUGGUCCUAUCGGUGAUCAACUGCGUGUGCGGCGUGUUCGGCGCGCCGUGGCAGUGCGUGGCCACCGUGCGAUCCGUGAGCCAUGUGGCCGCGCUCACAGCCAUGUCCACCACGCAUGCGCCUGGUGAUAAGCCCCAUGUUAUUUAUGUCGCUGAGCAACGCGUGACGGGUCUGGUGGUGUCUCUCCUCGUAGGCCUGUCUGCUCUGGCGGGCGGGGUGCUGCGGCUGGUGCCUCUGUCGGUGCUGUUCGGAGUCUUCCUGUACAUGGGCAUCUCCGCGCUCGCCGGGAUCCAGCUGUGGGAGCGGACUAUACUGAUGUUGAAGCCGCCGAAGCACCAUCCGCCGGUGGUCUACGUCCGUCGGGUGCCCACUCUCCGCAUGCACCUCUACACCGCCGUCCAGAUCCUCGUCCUCAUCGGCCUGUGUGCGGUCAAGUGGUCGAGCAUCGGGCUGGCGCUGCCGCUGUGUCUGCUGCUGACCGUGCCGCUGCGACGCGCCUUGACCCCACUCUUCACGCCCUUGCAGCUUAGAGCGCUGGAUGGGGCACACCCGGAGAAAUUGGAUGAUGAACCAGAUUUCUACCAAGAAGCACCACUGCCGGGGUGAAUGACCUCGCCGCCAUAUUGUACCUAUUAUUAAUUAAUAAUGUUAACUCGAUGUUAAGAAUAAAUCUAUUUAUUUCUAGACUUAUUUAAGUACAUAAGUUACAAACAUA